CAUACUUCAAGCAAACCAGUCUUUCCCAUUUUUUUGACAUCAUGUCAGUCUUGGUGAUAGUAUCAGCAGCAGCAGCAGCAGUGGACCAUGCUCGAGUAUCGUUGAGAGAAUAAGGGGUUUGGGUCCGUCUCUCGCUCUCUCUCUCGAACCUGUCAGUCAAGCUUUCGUCAUCAUUCAACUCUAUCCGUGGAAUCCUGGAGGCAGUGCUGCUGGUCUUCCACCACCAACGUUCUUUUUAUACACCAUUCAUCCAUUCACUUUUUCCCAUACAAAGCAAGAGCAGCAGAAGCAGCAGCAGCAGCAGCACGAGAAAAAUAUUGGGAUCUGCUAGGACCCUGUAGCUGUUGCGCAACCCUUUUCCAUCUGCGCUAGCAACUCCCCUCCACCCCCCUCCCCCCUUCUCCCUUCUCCCUUCCUUCCCCCCCCUUCCCCCAGAACAUCCCGUCACGAUGGCUGCGAAUAGCAACGUUUCAGGCGGAGGUGAUCAACCAACUUCACCUGCAAAUACUACACCUCAACCUACGACAGACAACGGUGGUGGUGGUGGUAGCGGCAGUGGUCAAGGAGGAAGUAACAACUCCCCCACUCAACAACAACAGCCAACGACUUCCAAGCAGGAUAACAACGGCGGUGGUGGUAAUGGCGGUGGUGGGAACAAUGGAGGCACAACGAGUGUGAAUUCUUCACCUACUGCGAAUUAUACGCCUCCCUCAACGACCACAUUGACUCAGAUGAGUAACAACCCUCCGCCUCAGAAUACCUAUACGCCACCUACGACUCAAGCGCAAGGAGGAAACGGUGGUGGUGGUGCUGGGCAACAACAGCCGCAGACAUCGACGCAGAAUAACAACAAUUACCCCAUGCCUCAAUCAUCCAGCGCAGCUGUUGGGGACCCGAUAAGGGGUACCUCUGCCGCUGUCUCAUCCUAUCACCCUUCAUCUUCCAUAGCAUCCUCCUCUUCCACCUCUCAUGUACCUUCGUCCUCCUCCACCAUCUCAUCCGCCAUCUCUUCCGUUCACCCAUCUUCCCUAUCUUCAACCCAGUCAUCUUCCUCCUCGUCCAGUGCCGCCACAGCAUUGUCCAACGAUGCAGCGACCUCGACGAAAAGUUUUAGCAAAGGUGAAAUCGGGGGUAUCGCAGGAGGUGCUGCGGGCGGUGUGGCCCUCCUCGUCUUGAUAUUCCUCUGCUGGAGAAGAGCCAGAGAUAAGAAGAACUGGGUACCUCCACCGCCACCCCGUGAGAUGGCCUACAACUCUCAGUCCAUUUCCAGACACAGAGCCAGCGUUUCGGGCAUAGUUCCCAGUGUAUUCGAGCCAGCCGGAGCGGAUGUCCAUCGUCAAUCUUCCUACUCUACCCUGCUCGCUGCGAGACCUUCCUCUCAGUUCGCUCACUCUCGCGAUCCCUCGACGUCAGGAUACUAUUCUACAUACCCCAUCGCAACCCCAUCAUCAGGGUCAGGGGAACCGACAACAUCCCCGUUCAUGGCGCCCGUGUCAGCUUACACUCCUGCCUCUGAACCAUCUCCACCAUUGAGUCACGACUUGUCGCCGGGCGGAGGCAUCCACGCACGAUCAGCCUCGACCGAUCUCGGCAAUCUCGCUGGCGUAGGUAUCCCCGCUCACAGGCUCUAUGACAGCGAGUCCCCGUUCCAUCGUCCUGGUCCGCUACCUCUCGCGGGCGCUGCUCGACGAGAGACUGACUCUAGCUCUCAAUCCGGCUCAUCGUCUGGUCGAUCAAAUCCACCGAGACACAAGACGUCUGUGGAUAGAUUGAGGCACGAAACUUCACGAUCGAGUCUGGCAGGAAGUAAUGGUCCCGGUGCCUUGCCCACUUUCCCGAGUGGCGGGACUGGCCAUUCGUCUCGAGCUCCAUCUCCAUCCCUUCCGAGCGAAGGCGAACCCUCCUCCCGAGCGACUUCCCCGAAUCCAUCGACUUAUACUCCGAGCCAUGCUCACUCUUUCAACGGGAUGGCGCCGAGGCAAUACAUCUCCAGCUCUCUGUCGCCUUUCCCUAGACCCUAUUCGACCAUAUCGAUGAACACCAUCGGUCCAGUCAAUAUCAGCGGAGCGCCUCAUCAAGGUAGACGCAUGAUGCUACAGAUGCCUGAGCUGCUCAGUUCACCGAGACCGGAUGAUGGGAAUGAUUAUAUGAGGGAGAGGAGGAGUAUGGAAGGGACCAGCUCCUCGAUGGGCGCUGCCAGGAAUAGGGAGCAUCGAUUGUCUGCCAAUUCAGACUUUGGACCCGUUUCACCUCAGCGAGGUGGUCAUCGUGCCAGUUUACCGCACAGUCAGUCCGCGUCUUUCUCGGGCCACCAAUCCAGGUAUACUGGAGAGCGAGCGGUCUGAACGGUGGGCCCACCAGUUGACAUAUCGGCUCCUGCCUGAACUUUGGCGGCACAUUCGUCUCGAUACCCUGCAUAACUCUACCGCAUGAUUUCCCCCCAAUUCCGCUCCUCGCCAGGAUCUCAAGGAAGACACUCGGUCAGAAUCUCUCAUACAAGGACAUUCUAUUGCUUCUCUUGAGGCUUACUGCAGCCUUAUUUGUACAUUUGGACAGACAAAACCACAUUCGGCUCAAAGACCGGCCCACCGACCCACCGACCCACCAAUCCUUCAUUCGUAAGGUUAGCAUUUUUCACCCGCCUCAGCCAACAUCUGUCGUCCCUGUCCCUGUUACUUUUCACUUUCGCUGCUGCAUGGCGUCUCAUAGCGAGAUUGCUUCCAGGUAUAAUUCUGAGGAGGAUCUAGGCGCCUCGUGUCUCAAUGCAUCAUCUCGCCUGUGUC